AUGGCAGGAAAGAAAGAAAAUUCAGAAUGUCAUGAAGAAUUACCUGCCACUACUGAUAUGCAACUUGAGGUGGAGCAGUCAAUAGACUCACCUUGUAAUCAUGAAACUCAAGUUAGAAAAAUUGAGGACUCAAGUUCAAAGGUUAGAAAACAAGGUGGAGAGAAUACUUACCAACUAGCUCGAGACAGGGAAAGAAAAGUAAUAAAACCUCCACAAAGGUAUGGGCAGGUUGAGCUUACUGCUUUUGCUCUUACUGUUGCUGAGGAAGUUAUUGAAAUGGAACCUAAAACCUUUAAGGAAGCCAUGGCCAGUAAAGAGCAUUCAAAAUUGUCAAUCACUCAAGCACCAGAAACUGAUGAGGAUAAAGAAUUCAUGAAGAAUAUUCCAUAUGCCAGCAUUGUUGGGAGCAUCAUGUAUAUUAUGGUCUGCACUAGGCUAGAUUUAACCUAUGCUGUCAGUAUUGUAAGCAGAUUCAUGAGCAAUCCAGGAAAAUCACACUGGCAUGCUCUUAAGUGUGUAUUCCAAUACUUAUCUAGUACAAAGUGCUUUGGACUAAAAUUUGGUGAAAAUAUGCAAAUCGGAUCUAAUCUACAAGGCUUUGUUGACUCAGAUUAUACCGAAAAUUUAGACACAAGUAAAUCACUAACUGGUUUUGUGUUUACCAUUUUUGGAGGAGCUGUCAGUUGGAAGACAAAUCUACAGCCAGUGGUAGCCUUAUCAACAACUGAGGCAGAAUAUAUUGCAAUGACUGAGGCAAUAAAGGAGCCUAUAUGA